AUGGUUGCGACUGCCGGACCCCAGCCCUUACACGAACCUCAGCAGCGGGCCCCAGCUUCCGCAGCUUCUCUAAUCGAGGAGGAAGCACAUAAUCGUGUCUGUACUCGUCGCGCAGGACGUGGCGGUCUUACUCGCGAAAAUCUCCAUCGAGCUGGUGGAAUGCAACCGCCGCAACGAGAAGGUCCAGAGGCCGGCAUGAACAGUCAACGCGCGCCAAGCCCUAACGACAGUUGGGCUGGCGUUCAGCAGCCUGUUCCUGCUCGGGCUGUUCCUCUGCAUCGUGGCUUUUGGGCUCAAGAGAGUGGUGAUCUUUUUCGGUUGUUGCCAUUGUCCCGUGCACAGUAUCUCAGUGACUGGUUCCACUGCCUCGACGCGGUAGUGAUCGUUACGAGCUUCUACGUCGAACUACUGUCCCACGGCAUCAUCGAAGACAUUGCAUCACUGGUCAUUGUGUUUCGCCUCUUCCGCUUUGCCAAGAUGGUCGAGGAGAUGAGCAUGGGCACGGCCGAGCGCAUAUAG